AUGGCAAGUGAGGAAGAGAGUUUUCUUGUCUUAGUGCAUUACUUUGGAAAAAAUCAAAGAAGCAAAAAAUAUAGUGUGAAGUUCACUGACAGAGAACCGUUGAGUGUCUUUAUUAAUUCAUCAAGCACUUUGUCAGAUGUAAAGAACAGCAUCUUGCAGAAGUUUGGAGUAUUUGGGAGCAAGUGGGUGAAGAAGCUAUUCUACAAGAUUCCCACCGCAGUUGUGUCGACCAGUGUUAAGUAUGAUACGUUUGUGAUAGCGGCCGAUGAAGAUAUUCGGGUUCUGUUUCAUUGUGUUAGGAGUUUUCCGGAUGUCAGAAUACACGAGUUGUAUGCGAAGUUGGAGGUUGGUGUCGAUAGUUUUGGGACAUCAGCUCUAGUUUAUAGCUCGACUACCGCGGACGGUGCGUCUAGUUCGAUGCCUGCGGCCGGACCAUCUGUUCCGCAGGUCGCAUCCCCUUCCUUUGCGGCUGAUUUAGAUCGAGCGGAGGCAGUUGCUUCUAUACAGUUGGAGAAUCCUGGGUACCCUCCACACUUCUCCACUCUAAACUUGGAGGCUUUUGCUCAACAGGCAGACGGAGGUGCUACAAUUGGGGAUUCUUCUACAGAAUUUCAGAUUGGGCAAUCAUUCCAGAAUAAAGAUGAAGUUGUUCUGAAUGUGAAGGACUAUAGCAUCCGUCGAGGUGUUGAGUACAGAGUCUUGGAAUCGGAUCAUCUGAAGUAUCAUGGAAAAUGUAAGGAGUUCAGCAAGGGUUGUAGUUGGUUGAUUCGCAUAUCGCUUCGUGCACGAAAGGGCACUUGGGAGGUUAGGAGGUACAACGGUUCGCACACUUGCUUGGCCACCUCUAUUUCUAGUGAUCACCGACAGCUUGAUUAUCAUGUUAUCUGUGCGAAAAUUUAUCCGUUGGUUAGGGCGGAUGCUGCGGUUACGGUAAAGGUCUUGCAACAAGCAACAUAA